UGAUACAUUCUUGCAAUACUGUUCAUGAUUCUGAAGACCACCGCAUUGUUGAGAUGGUUUGUGGUAGAGCAGGACCAAAGUGUUUCUUUUCAUCACGUGCUCCUGCGAAGACGCGUCAUUUGCGCUGAUGAUCAUUGAAUGUGCCUGACCGCGCACUCGUCGGUUGCCGACCCACCUCCGCCUGUCACCCUUUCCCGUGAAACUAUUUUUAAACAUUGUAAUGUCUGUUUCCCUUUCACGGCGCUGAACCUGGUCGAUUUCUUCGCAUCGACACUCAAAUGCACUGUCAAACAGUCCCGCUUGUGGAGCGUUGAGACGCUCACAGCACUAUGACCACCGUCUUCUCUUCCCUCGUGCGACCGACGUUACUCAAACGACCUUCGACCGACGCGCACGAAGCCACUGGUACACGAACUACGUACCACAAGGAUGCUGCAGAAGAGGCCGAUCUCCGCAGCCUGAACGCCUCGUUGCAAGCCCUCACCGAUAUCUUCCCUGAUGUGCAGCCCGAGGUGUUCCGCGAGAUGCUGGCUUCCUUCAGUGAAGAAAGCAGGCUGCAGGUGAUAACUGAAGCUCUGCUUAAGCAUGGAGACAAGUGGGUACGAGGGCGCUAUCGGAUGCCGGCUGAGCGGGAGGAGCAAAGGGAGACUGCACACAAGUACAGGUUUCGUGAACAAGACACAGGGAAAGACACCCGAGGCAAGCCCUUGGUGCUUGAGGAUACCUUUCGCUCGAAGCAAUACAAGGAAGCGGCAAAGCAGGCGUUGUAUCAGGAGUUCAAGGGUUUGAGUCACUCGACAAUCAGGGCCGUUUUGGCAGAAUAUAAUUGGAGUUAUACACAGGCACGGCCCACGUUAUUGGAUCUGUCGAGCAAGAGUUGGAGGUCGAGCAUCACGAAUUUCCUCAUGCGGCGAAAAGCGCCAUCUGCGAAAGACCAUCCGUUGGUACUGUGGACAACUACAGACUCGCGCACAGGUCACCGACGGAUGCCGUUACUUGCUAAGACUAAAGAUGAUGAGCUGAACCGAGAACUGUAUGAGAAUCUCAUUGUGCCCGAACUGGCUAAGAGACUAGAUGCGCAACUACGAGAGGACUCCGAGCUAGCAUGGAAGCUGCACGAAGAGGAGGCUGAGCGGGAGGGUGAGAUGUACGACUGCGAGUGCUGUUUCAUGCCCAACAUGCUGGAACACAUGUCCACCUGCAAUAACGACGGUCACUACAUCUGCUUCCGCUGCAUUCAACAUGCUAUCAACGCUGCGCUUUACGAUCAAGGCUGGGCACGUAACAUCAACACCGAGCUCUGUACGCUCAAAUGCAUAGCACCCAUGCCAGACGGAGACUGUCAGGGCUGUAUUCCACUUGGCUUUGUCCACCGCGCGUUACUCGAAGGGAAAGACGGUGAAGAUAACGUCAAGAAGCUUGACGAGCGAUUCAACAACGAAGCACUGAUCAAGUCGCAGCUGCCGCUGGCUCGGUGCCCAUUUUGCUCCUACGCGGAGCUGGAUGAUUUUGCUCUACCGAAUGCGAACUUACUCAUGAACCUUCGCCUCAAACCUCGUCCGAUUGUGUUGGCAUCACUGGCAUCCGUUCCGUUGCUCGAGCUUCUCUGCUAUAAGGCUACACAGGUCAUCGUUCUACUCUUAGUUCUACUCUAUGCUACGCUCGCGAUACUCUUCCGCAUCCCGAUCAUCGCACCAUUCCAAUCCGCCCUCCGACGUAUCCAUCUCAAGCGCCGAGGUCUCCGUUUCCAAUGUCUUUCACCGUCCUGCAGCCGCGCUUCCUGUCUCUCCUGUUCUGCGCCCUGGCAUGACCCGCAUACUUGCUACUCCUCCCAGCUCACAUCUCUUCGUCUAACCCUCGAGCGCGCAACAACGGACGCGGUAAAACGCACCUGUCCGCAAUGCAACCUUGGCUUUGUCAAGUCAGAGGGCUGCAACAAGCUUGUGUGUCUGUGCGGAUAUUCCAUGUGCUAUAUCUGCCGGCAGGGGCUAGCGGACGAGGGUUAUCAUCACUUCUGUCAGCACUUUCGCGAGCGACCGGGAGAGACGUGUCGUGAGUGCAGCAAGUGCGACCUCUAUCGUGUUGAGGAUGAGGAGAGGGUAAUGAAAAGGGCCAGGGAUAGCGCUGAGGCUGAGUGGUGGGAGAGUCAGGGUGAUGGCGCGCAGAAGGGCCUUAAGAAUGAAGUCGGCAAGGGCAAGAGGAAGGGGGUGUUUGGGGCUGGGAAGAAAGACUGGGAAGGUUGGGUUGAAGGCGUACUCGAGACUUUUCUUGUGUGAUUACGUGCAUUUGUUAUGGCGUCCGGAUGGGCAUGGCGAGGAUAUGAUACCCAACACUAGCAUUGUUUCUUCAUCGCAUACACAAUGUUGUAAUCACUAUCUCUUAUUACUUAAUCGCAGCUCGUAAUAGUAUCUGAACACGAC